AUGAAUACAAUCAUCUCUGGGUUCAUUAGUGAACUCACCAGUAGAUCCAUCUCCUUCUUGAUUGAUAGGUACUUGAAGCCAAUACCAUACAAGAAGGACACCAUACAAAGAUUGCAAUGGAUGUUGCUGCGGGUUCAUCUCAUGGUAGAGGAGGCAGAUGGGAGGUGCCUCACAAACCUAGCAAUGCUUCAGCAACUCAAUAUCGUGAGAAGAGUGAUGUACAAAGGCUACUACAUGCUCGACAACUUCAUACAACAUGUCCCUGAAGAAGAGCACAUAAAAGAACAGGCCGUGAGUUGCUCCUUAUCCCUAUCUAAAUUGCGUCCUGCUAAACGAGUUUGUUUCUCGACUGGUAGCAAAUAUGGCACAGGAAACUUAGAAGAAAUGCUUGAAAGUCUAGAGAACACCAUUGCUGGUAUGAAUGAGCUUCUAAUUUUCCUUAGGAACUACCCUCCUAUGUUUCGCCAGCCAUACAGCACAUAUCUUUUUAUGGAAAAGUGCAUGUUUGGUCGCCAAAUGGAAAUGGAACGGAUCAUCAACUUCUUACUGUACGAAGAUGCUCCAGCUCAUUGCCAUUUCGGCAUCCUACCAAUUGUUGGUCCAGCAAAAGUUGGUAAGACUACACUUGUUGAGCAUGUCUGCCGUGAUGAAAGGGUGCGUGAUCACUUUUCUCAUGUCAUCUUCUUAAGCAGUAGUGAAUUCAGUGGAGAAAAUGAGCUGAAAAUCAGGGAUGGCAGUAGAACCAAACAUGAACAUGGUGAGUCAAAUGAAGAAAAAGAAUUAGUUAUCAUUGAAAUUAUUGGGACUAUUGAUGAGGUUGCCUGCAGAAAGUUACACUCGGCUUCUCAAAGUAGCAUCCCAAGAGGCAGUAAAGUUAUAAUAACAAGUCAGUCAGAGAAUAUUAUAAACAUUGGAACAACACAGGCUAUCAACUUGAAGUUUUUGUCUCGAGAAGCAUACUGGUACUUCUUUAAGGCACUUGUAUUCGGAAGUGCAUAUCCAGAAGAGCAUCCGAGGUUGGCAUCCAUAGCAAUGGAAAUAUUUGAUGAGUGCUUUGACCAAGACAUAUAUAAGGCAUUUGCUGGACUUUUCAUAUUUUUACAUAAAACAGCUAUGGGUUUAAAAUCUAGUGUUAAUGUGCAGAACUGGAACAAGAUUCUCGAAUGCUUCAAGAACAACAGGCGGCAAAAUGAACCUGGAUUCAGAAAAAGGCUAAGCGAGCAUGGGAUGAUGAAUGAUGAUCAUAUUCUUCUACAGAGAGUGUCUGAUUCUACUCAAUAUUGUGUAGUUCACAACCAUGACCGCAUAGCACUUGUGAAUGAAAAAGCUCCCAAAAUAACUUUACAUGAUAUUCUUGACGGGACUGGGAGUGUUAAACCUCAUAGCAAAUUUGACAUCGUAGUUUGGGAAUCUCACCUGCCUCCAUAUCACAAAUACAUAUAUAGCUGCCAGAUUCUUGAGUUUGAUUGUAAUGUUACCAAAAAUAAACAGAGCCAGAAAAGGAAAUUUUCAAGUUAG